AUGACCAAGGGGGCGCUUGCUGCCAGCGGCUUGGCUGUGACACUUCUGCUGUUGAAGUUGAAACGAGGUGAGAAAUCGGACCUCGGCUCUCCUCGCAAAGCUUCGCGCCGCAGUUGGUCUGGGCUGCUGGGCGGCUCCGCGGAAGCACCCGAAGAGCCGAGCGAGCAGCUGCUGGCAGCGUUACCCGAGCUGCUGGAUGCUUUGCGCAGACUUCCUCAGUCCUUGGAUGAUGUGCGGGAGCUCAUGGAGCUGUUGAAGACGACGCAGGAGCUGAGCCAAGACCCCGAAUGGCUCCAACGACGCGAUGAACCGGUCACGGACUUGGCUUCGUGGCUCUAUGACGGCGCGACAAUUUUAAAGCCUCAGGCCAUGGUGGAGCUCUCCUCACGCCGCCAAGUUUUCAUCGGGAAGUUGGAGGAGCUCCACGACCUCAAAUGGGAUGUGCCCUUUGAUGCGGAAGAGGAAGCCAUUCAUCAGAACAAGAUCGCGCGGGAUGCCGCAGGGAUGGAGUGA